UCGGCGGACAGAAGAGGCGGGAGCGGUGGGGAGUAACGCUACCCCGCUGACCGCAGAGGACUCAGGCGCGGGCUCGGCCCCAGCUGUGGCCUCUGCCGCGGCCCGGCGAGGCGAUGGCCAAGGUUUCUGUGCUGAACGUGGCGGUGCUGGAGAAUCCGAGCCCUUUCCACAGCCCCUUCCGGUUCGAGAUCAGCUUCGAGUGCAAUGAGGCCCUGGCGGACGAUCUAGAAUGGAAGAUCAUUUAUGUUGGCUCAGCUGAGAGUGAGGAGUUUGACCAAAUCCUGGACUCUGUGCUAGUUGGCCCUGUCCCAGCAGGGAGGCACAUGUUCAUCUUUCAGGCUGAUGCCCCCAACCCAUCCCUCAUCCCAGAGACUGAUGCUGUGGGUGUGACCGUGGUCCUCAUCACCUGCACCUACCAUGGACAGGAGUUCAUCCGUGUGGGCUACUACGUCAACAAUGAAUACCCCAAUCCCGAGCUGCGGGAGAACCCACCCCUGAAGCCAGACUUCUCUCAGCUCCAGAGGAACAUCUUGGCCUCAAACCCCCGAGUGACCCGCUUCCACAUCAACUGGGACAACAUGGACAGACUAGAGGCCAUAGAGAACCAGGACCCCACCCUGGGCUGUGGCCUCCCCUUCAGCUGUGCUCCCAUCAAAGGCUUGGGUCUCCCAGGUUACAUUCCUGGGCUCCUUCCCGAGAAUUCCAUGGACUGCAUCUAACUCGAGGAAUCCAGGCCCUACCUGGGCCCAGCCGGGACUGUGGCCAGUCUCCUAGCACAUCUGGAGAGGGCAGCUGGGCCUCCUGGACAAUCCCAUGGAGGCCAUCUAGAGGACUUUGGGGCCAUCAGCUAUACCCAAGCCAGAUGUGGUUCUGAGGAAGGAGCAGGCCUCAGGUCUCUCCCAACCCUGACCCAGAAGGACCAGCUUUUAUACCUCUACUGCCCAGGCCUGUAAGAAGCAGGUACUUCACUUUUUAAUUCUUUGUGACAUGUGUCUUUUCUGUCUUACACACACACUAUAAAUUCCACCUGCAGGCCUUUCUGCCACCAUGCUCCUGUGAGUACCAUUGACCAGAGCUCUUCCCACCUCCCUGGCUUGCCUUGAGGCUUUCUUGGUCAACGCCUGGCAAGGCUCCAGGCCUGUUGAGCCGAAGGCUCUGUCAUUCCUGUCCCUCCCCAAACAUCUGAGCAAAUCCACCCAGCUUUUUGGAGUCACAGGCAAGGAACCAAACUUGGUUAGAAGGUGGACUUGGACACAAUUUCUGUCCUCCUAGGAUAGUUUUUAGGUCUUUUAAUCCAACAGCCUCUGGAAAAGUCUGUUCCCAAAGGUAUGCUCAGCAGGAUGCUAAGGAAUGAUGGUUGACUCCUCUCUGUACAACCACCUUCCUGUCCUCUCUUAAUUGGAUCUGGCUUUCCCCGGAGGCUGCCAUGGUGGGAAGGUGGCAGGUUGGUGGAGUCUGUCUCAAUGCUGGCAUCAGGGCCCCUCUGCCUGCCUUAAUCUGCCCUCUGCGAAGACCUCAUGCUCUUGCAGGCACAGGAAACCAUAGGGACCCUGAAAACCUCUCCCCCUGCCAUGCUCCCUGCAACACCCCAUUCCCUCGCUGCUACGUGGAUGCGAUUGUGAUUACAGUUUGUAUAUUAAAAGGUUUUUAUAUUAAAUAUGUUUGGUUGAUCUAAAAAUAAAAAGCACUUCCUCUA